AUGUCCACUAGGGAUUCAGAAAAGGGCACUGAUGCCAUUGCUCCAGCACGGACAAGCGGUAGCAUCGAAAUCGCCAAAGCAGAUGACAGCAAUAACUCCUUUGAGGUUUUCAAGAAGGGCGAGGGCACAGUCGAUUUCCGUACUGUAGGUUGGAUCCAUGCUUCGGUCAUUUUUCUCAAAGUGAUCUUCGCCACUGGGGUACUCAGUAUACCUUCCGCCAUGUUCGUUCUCGGGGCCCUACCUGGCGCCAUCAACGUUCUGGGCUGGCAGUUUCUGAACACCUACUGUGCUAUUAUCCAAGGAAACUUCCGCAACACGCAUGCUGGCUGCCAUUCAAUCGCCGACAUGGCUUACGUUGUCGGCGGUGUUUGGCUGAGGGAAAUUGUCGGCGUGCUUUUCCUCGUCACGUACGCAAUUGUUGCGGCCAGUGGCAUAUUUGGAUCCUCCGUCGGCCUCAAUGCACUAUCGAGCCACGCUAUUUGCACGAAUUGGUUUAUGCUCGUUGCAACGAUUGCUGUUUUUGCUCUUGCAAGCGUACGGAAAUUCGAAAAGAUUGCAUGGCUUACGUGGGCUGGGUUUCUCUCGGUCUACAUUGCUGUCUUCGUUGUCGUCGUCGGUGUCACCACCCGUGAUCGUCCUGCAGCUGCUCCACAGACCGGAGAUUUCGAACUGGGCUAUCAUGUUAUCGGAAAUCCGACAUUCGUCACAGGUAUCACGUCGGUGGCCACGAUCUUCUGCUCUGGGGCCGGAACCUCAGCGUUUCUACCUGUCAUCUCAGAGAUGCGAAAGCCCCGGGACUACAACAAAGCCGUUUACCUUUGCAUGGGAAUCGUCACAGCGUCCUACCUGACCUUCUCUUUGGUUGUCUAUCGCUACUGUGGCCAGUGGGUGGCCUCGCCGUCUCUCGGCAGUGCUGGCGACGUUGUCAAGAAAGUAGCCUACGGAAUUGGCUUGAUUGGUCUCCUCGUCAGCGCCUGUCUGUACGUCCAUGUCGCGGCCAAGUACAUGUUCGUUCGUAUCCUGCGUAACUCUGAGCAUCUACAGAAGAACUCAGUUGUCCAUUGGUCGGUUUGGUUUGGAUGCACAGGCAGCAUGUGUGUUGUAUCUUUCCUUCUCGCGUCGGGCAUCCCUAUUUUCAAUUAUCUUCUCGCACUCGCGGGCAGUCUAACCUUCUCGCCACUGGCACUUGGGCUGCCGGGGUACCUUUGGGUGCAUGAUCACCAACACUACCGCCGGGGCCGCUGGUGGCAGGCUGUGGUUUACUAUUUGAACUGGCUCAUGAUUGCCCUGGCUGCUUUUCUGACGAUUGGCGGCACAUACGGCGUAGUGCAGAACAUCAUCAACGCCUAUGCCAACGGGGAAAUUGGAGGGGCCUUUUCCUGCGCAGACAAUAGCGAUUCUUCCUAG